GAGUGCGUGAGAGAGUGCGUGUGUGCGGGUCUGACGGUGGAGCUGCACGGUACCGGAGGAGAACGGAGGCACCGGAGCAGAACUACACCCGAGAACCACGAUAUUGACAUGAAGAAAGACAUCGAGACUCUAAUAGCAGAGGAACGCGCUGAUAUCAUCUUGAAAUAUGCUACGGGGAGGCAGGGCGGGGUGGAGAUCGACCCCUGGGAAGAUGCCGACUACAGUAUCUUCAAAGUCAUCGACCGCUUCGGCUUCAUGCAUGAGGACGAGCUGCCAGCCCCGACUGCACACGAGGAAAAGAGGAAACAUCUGGAGGUAGAGAGAGCAGAGAAGUGGCUGAAGAUGGCAAAGAAGUGGGACAAAUACAAGAACAGUGACAGAAUGGUGAAACGGGUUUACAAGGGCAUCCCCCUGCAGCUCCGAGGCCGGGCCUGGGCUCUGAUGCUGGACGUGGAGAGGGCGAAGAAGGAGAACGAGGGCAAAUAUGAGAACAUGAAGGAGCAGGCCCGACUGUACUCGUCUGAGAUCAAACAGAUCGACCUGGACAUCAACCGGACCUUUAGGAACCACAUCAUGUUCAUGGAUCGCUUCGGAGUCAAGCAGCAGGCUCUUUUCCAUGUCCUCUCUGCAUAUUCAGUCUACAACACAGAGGUGAGCUACUGCCAGGGGAUGAGUCAGAUCGCUGCCCUGCUGCUCAUGUACAUGAACGAGGAAGAUGCCUUCUGGGCGCUGUCACAGCUGCUGACCAAUCACAAACACGGCAUGCACGGAUUCUUUGUUCCCGGGUUCCCCAAACUUCAAAGAUUCCAGGCACAUCAUGAUCAGAUUAUCUCCAAACUCAUCCCCAAGCUGAAGAAACACCUGGACAGAGAGCAGAUGUCUGCAGGGAUUUACUGCACUAAAUGGUUCCUGCAGUGCUUCAUUGACAGGACGCCGUUCACGCUGACCCUUCGGCUGUGGGACAUCUUCAUCCUGGAAGGAGAGAGGCUCCUCACCGCCAUGUCCUACACCAUCCUGAAGAUACACAAGAAGCGUAUGCUGAAGAUGUGUCUGGAGGAUCUCAGAGAGUUCCUGCAGGAGCGCAUCGCUCAGACUUUCUUCUACAGCGACGACGUGAUCAUCGAGCAGCUUCAGGCCUCCAUGACCGAACUGAGGAAGAUGAAGCUGGACCUUCCUCCUCCAGGGAAGCCUGAUGAGUUGCCCCGUAAGCCUCUGGGUCAGGAGCUGCCGGUUCUGUUGAGUCCGGUCCAGACCUCCAGAGGGAAGUCGUCCUCAGCCAGAGCCGGACUGAGCCUCCACAUCAUCUCCCACCAGCCCGACUCCAUAUCCCCGGACCAGAGCCCCUCCAAGGACCCCCGGGACCUGGACCCUCCGGACCAGGAGGAGGAGGAGGAGGCCCCGUUGCCCUCACCGGACCCGGUCAUCAUCCACAGCCGGGCCCCGCUGACCCCCGACGGCUCCCCUCUGACGGGGCCGCCGCCUUACCAGCCCCCGAGAGUGAAGCGGCGCUCACCUCGCAUCAACUCCCACCAGCAUCAACGGACGCCGCAGACGCAGACCGGCCCUCCUGCAGGGGCCCGAGGACUCUUUCGGCUCCUCAGUCCGAGAGUCUGUCUGCAGCGGAGCGGGCCGAGGACGGCUACCUGGUCCAGCUGCUGGAGCAGGCCUCGGCUCUGCCCUCCAACAGGAACCUGA